AAAAACCGUCAGUCAAAGCCAAAACCGGCUAAACAUUCCAAAAGGCUAAAUAUGAAAACCUUUAUAGCAUUGGUUUUCCUUUUAUUAAAAUUUUUCGAUGUUUUUGCUGUUGAUCCCCCUCAGGGACAGUUGAGUGUUGAAGGAAAGAAAUUGUUGGGUAAUGGGAAGCCUGCUGCCCUUCAUGGAAUGUCUCUAUUCCAGUCAAACUACGAACCAGGUUUCCCUUUCUAUAACGAAGAAGUUGUCAGAGCAUUGAAAUGCCAAUGGAAUUCUAAUGUUGUUCGAGCUGCCAUGGGGAUAGAUGAAGGUGCUGAAGCUUAUAUGCAGGGCCCAGAACCAGAACAAACCCAAAAAGGGCGAGUUGAAAAGGUGAUAAAAGCAGCUAUCGAAGUAGGAAUUUAUGUGAUAGUUGAUUGGCACACACAUAAUGCUCUGAGUCAGGAAGUAAAAGAGGUACUAGUUUGUUGA